AUGCUUGACAGUAGCAACGGCGAGCCUCGUCUUGUUGGUGCCCAGCAGGGACCAAGUGUCGGUGGCACGGAGGGCCCGUUCAAGGCGAGUGACGACCAGAACAAGCUGAUUUCGCACUACUUGACGGCCGAGGAAUCAGAACGGUCGUGCACAACGGCUGCAGCCCGCACGCCGUACCUGCACGCAGCUCGCCUCAUGUGCAGCGGCAUGGGAAAGGGCGGUCAUGGGGACAGAGGAUGGGGACAGAGGAUGGAGACAGGUCCGGUUCGUACUGCCCGACGGAAUACACGUCGUAGCCGUACCGUCGACGUGUACCGGGUAAUGCCCACCCUGUGCGUGCUGGAUCGCUACGCCUGUUCCAAGCACAUUCCGCCGGAAUACUGCCCCCGAAGUCGGCCCAGCCGUUGGUCGGCGAGGACCGGGUCGCAGGUUGCAGGACGGGUAUGGCUGAUCCUGAUGGCAGCACGAGCUACCAAGAGCGAUGCGGAAUACGAGCAGUGCGGCCCAUGCGAAUGCGUGCAAGUACCAUCAGGUGUCGUCGGGAGGAUCUGGUGGCAUUGGGAGGAGGAUCUGAUGGCAUUGGGAGAAUCUGAUAACAUCGAGAGGGCGAACGAAGCAUCUGUCACCUCCCCGGCCGUCCUGGGGCUCCUCGGCAUCUCCAUCAGCAUCUCCAUCAGCAUCUCCAUCAGCAUCUCCAUCAGCAUCUCCAUCAGCAUCUUCAUCAGCAUCUUCAUCAGCAUCUUCAUCAGCAUCUUCAUCAGCAUCUCCAUCAGCAUCUCCAUCAGCAUCUCCAUCAGCCUCGCCAUCAGCCUCGCCAUCAUCCUCGCCAUCAGUCUCGCCAUCCAUCUAGUCCCUCCUGCCCUCCUCUCCGGCCAAGAAUAA